GAGAUGAACACCCGGGAGCGGUUCAACGCCUCGGCGCGGGUGCGGGUCAAUGUGCUGGACGGGGAUGACCAGUACCCCCAGUUCCUGCCCUGCACCCCCCGCGCCCCCCACAGCCCCCCGGUCUGCACCAGCCCCGUCUACACCGCCAACGUCACCGAGGGCCAGCUCCAGGGCGGUCCCCUGAGCUUCAGCCCCGGCGCCGUCUAUGCCGAGGACGGGGACAGGGGGCUGCGGGCGGCCAUCACCUACUCCCUGCUGGCAGGUCAGGAGAGCAGCAGGUUCCACAUCGACAACGUGACCGGGGCCAUCACGCUGCUGCGGGCGGUGGAGAGCAGCCGCCAGACCCCCGAGAUCUGCCUCAGCGUCAUGGCCUCGCAGGUGAACGACCCCUCCAAGUACGCGGUGGCGCGGGCCCUGGUGCGGGUCCUGGCCCCGAACCGGCACCCGCCGCGCUUCCCCCGCGCCCGCUACCGCGCCUUCGUGGCCGCCGCGCCGCGCCGCGCCGCGCUGCUGCUCACCUUCGGCGGAGAGGCGCUCGCCCUGCGCGCACACGACCCCGACUUCCCCGAGGGGGUGAACCCCCAGGUGCGCUACACCCUGAGCCCCGGCGCCAACCAGAGCCAGCAGCUGUUCCAGGUGAUGCCCAACGGGCUCCUGGUGGCCCAG